AUGUCAUCGAAUAAAUCCUGGUUUUCGGCACUAUUUGGGAGCUCCUCGCGUGAGCCGGAGCCGGCCCCGUCGGCCUCUUCUACACCAGCUGCGCACAACUCACCGGAGGGCCCGGAUUCGCGUUCGUUUCAACGUGGCGCACAGAAUCGCGGCUCUCCAGCGAUAACAACCACCGACCAGCCGCCGCUCCGCAGCUCGCUGAAACAACUCGGCAGCUUCACGCCGUCGGCCCGCAUCAUCUCCAACGGCGCCUCCUCCACGCAACGCACCCCGGGUCGCGGCCUUUUCGUCGACACCAACGGCGACACUUCCGAGAGCAUUACGCGCAAGCGCCAACUCGUCACGUCUCCGGAGAACAGCCUGCUCACCUCCGACCGCAUCAAACGCUUCCGCGAGAAUUUGGCCAAGUCUAGGCCCGAGGAUAAGGCAAAACUCAGCGUGUUCUCCUCGCUGGAGCCGAAACUCCCCCGCCUCGACAACAGCACGUUCACCGCCCCGUCGGCACGCCAGAAUCUCUCGGCAAUGGACUCGCCCGGCGGCUCGUCCAACUUCUCGCACCUCUCCCGUCGCUCGGCCGCCCCAUCACUGCAGUCGAACGUCUCGUCGAAGACGCGCAACAUCCUCGAGCAGCUUGAGCGAUGCUCCACGCCGCAGAGUAACACCCAGCGCGUGCCAGCCUUUCGCACAUCCAGCGGCGUCACCGAAGUGUGGAACACGUCUUGGCAAAGCGGCAACGGCUCUAUGACGCGCUCCCAGAUCCAGGCCACCGGCACCCCACCACCACUCCGCCGCCAGACCAUAGAGGUGCCCUCGCGAAUGCAGGUGCUGACGAGCUCGCUGUCGUCGCACUACAAGAAGCCGUACUGGAGGGAUUUGUCGAGGUCGAACACGGCGCCCAGCCCGUCCGGAUCGGCGGCCGCGGCGGCUUCUCCGGCUCUGCAGCGCGUUCGGGAUGGAGCCGGUGUUAAGAUCUCUCCGCUCUUCGACCUCACAGCCCACCAACCGGCCGUCACCCCGAAAGAAACCGUCACCACCGCCACCACCGCGACGCCUCCACUCAAAGGACCCGACGGCAAGAAGGGCCGCAACACGUUCAGCAUGCAAGACAUCGAAGAGAGCGGCGAUGAUGAUAUCCAGACGCUGACCGAGGCCAAUGGACUGCCCAUCACCGCGUUCGCCCCGCCCAAGGGAUUCCUCGACAACUGCCUCUUCUCCUUUGCCGCGCCGGUCGAACGAGGACCGCAAGUGCAAGCCACCGAUGAAAGUGACGACGAUUCCGAGGAGAAGCAGAGCAGUGGCACCGACGAGACCGACACCGAAGAGAACCAGCCACCCGCAGUUCCGCAGAAGAAGCUGCCCGUUUUCGGGGCGCCGACCGACAGCGAGACGUCCGGCGCCGGCACGCCCAGCUCGAGCAAGAACACAUCGCCCGAGAGCCUCAACAAGACGCCGACUGUCGCCACGAACACCGCCACCACGACCACGGCGCCGAAAUGGGAGUGCCCGACGUGCAUGAUGCGCUGGGAGGAAUCGACCCGGAAAUGCGCGUGCGGCUACGACAAGGACGGCAAAUCAACAUCCACCGAGUCGACCACGUUCAAGCCGACCAGCUUCACCGCCCCGCCAUCUACCACCACGGUCUCCUUCGGCUUCGGCUCGAAAACUGCCAAGCCGGCUGAAGUUGCGAAGCCCGCCGCCACGACCGCCAAGCCGACGACGUGCCCGGACUGCUGGAGCUCGAUCCCCGCCGAAGCAAAGUCAUGCCUAUCGUGUGGCCAUGUCGUUGGCGCUGCUCCUGCGCCUCCUCCUCCGGCUCCUUCCACCGCCACUACAACCUCCUCUGCCACCACCGAGCGCAAGGACUGGAGCUGCCCGACGUGUUUUGUCGGUAAUAAGGCCGACCAAUCGAAAUGCCCGUGCUGUGACCACGAGAUGUACAAGGAGACCGCCGGCGGCGAGCAGGACAAGCCGAAGAGCGUCUUUGGCGCCAACGCGUUCAACCCCACCGCCGCUGCCAAUGCUGGUGGUUUCAAAUUCGGCACGUCGGCUGCAGCUGCUUCAACGAACGGCGGUCCCUCUUUCGGCAUCAAGCCCGCCGAGGAGAAGAAGGACGAGCCGCCGAAAUUCGGCGUCACUUUCGGUGCCAAGCCCGACGCGGACAAGCCGGCUUCUACCCCCACCUUCGGCAUGCCCAAGACAACAACAACAACGGAGAGCCCAAAACCCGCCGCCGCCUCCGGAACGUCGAUUUUCGGCGCCGCCGCCUCGGCCAUGAAGCCGUUCACUUUCGGAGCGUCGCCUAACGCCAAGGACGCCGCUUCCGCUUCAUCCACACCUGCCGCCCCGGCUUCUGGACUCGUUUUUGGCGCUACAAAGCCCAUGUUCGGCCAGACGCCCGCCACCACCUCGGCCACUCCAUCUACCGACGCCCCGGCCAAGACACCACUUUUCGGCCAAAUCGACGGCGCCACCAAGCCGCUUUUCGGGUCUAGCCUUGCUGCACCAACUACAGACAAGCCCGCCGCCGCUGCUACGCCUUUCGGGCAACUCGGUGGCGAUCGGCCGCUGUUCGGCAUGACGACGCCGGCGUUCGGCUCCUCAUCUACCGCACCGGCCGCUGCUGCCCCGACGACUGCCGCCCCGAAUUUCCCCGUCUUCGGCGCUUCCGCAACUACGGCUGCUGCCACGCCCGCCCUCAAGUUUGGCGAGCCGUCUGCAAAGAUCUCAUUCGGCCCCUCGACCACCACCACAAAAGCCGACUCAACCACCGAAGCGGCGAAGCCGCUCUUCGCUUUCGGCUCAACAUCGGCCCCUUCUGUCUUUGGCUCAUCAACGGGUUCAAUGUUUGGCAACGGGUCUUCUUCUACUUCUCAAGCCGACGCCCCCGAGACGAAGCGCAAGAUGUUCGAGCCGUCGGCACCUGUCGCUGCUGCCGCUGCCCCAUCUACUGGCUUUUCGUUUGGCCCGCUGGGAGGUGGAGCCCCCGCCCCGGCCACCAAUGGAUUCAACUUUGGCGCUGCACCGGCUCAACCAUUCGGCAGCUCGGCCUCGGCCCCCGUCUUCGGCGCCCCCUCAUCCUCCAUCCAGUCGACGCCCAGCUUUGCCGCCCCCACCGCGGCCCCGACGUCGUUCAACUUCACGAUGGGAGCACCGGCUGCCGCCCCCACGAAUGGUGCCCCGGCCCCGUUCGUCUUCGGCUCGUCGGCCGCCCCGGCGCAGAACAAUCUGAACGGCGGUUUCUCGAUGGGUGCCCCGAUGCCCUCGUUCAACGCGCCGCAGCAGCCGUCGUUGGAUUCGCCGUUUGCCUUUUCGUCUACAACUUCAUCGGGCCCGCAGCGGAAGCUCGCGGCGGCGCGGAGACGGUUGACCGGCAAGAAA